CACUUCAAACUCACACGACAUACAAGCUCGAAUUCAUCUUCAAAUUCAAAUACGCGACUCACGUGUAGAAGUCAUUCAAAUCAUCGGAAUCUGCAGAAUUGAACACUGCAAUGGCCUCGGAGGUAGUCAAUAAGCUACAGAACCUGGUAACAGGGGAGUCCAAGAGUGCUCGCAAGAAGAAGGGCAAGCAGGAAGGAGCUACUGCAGUGCCAGCUGCACCCGAAAAGACAGCGUCUGAAGCCGGCGCAGGUGGCUCCGAGGCUGCAGGCAAGGCCAAUGGCGCAGACAGCGACAACUCGUACCUCCGCGAGGUCCAGAAAAACAUCCGCAACAUUAACAAGAAGCUGAGCGCAACUCAAAAGGUCGACUCAAUAAUCGCAGCCAACCCCGGCAUCUCCCUCGAUGAGCUCCUCGCCUCUCGCAAGAUCAACGCCGACCAGAAGGCCCAGGCUGAGAGGAAACCAGGCCUUCAGGCUCAGCUCGCACAGUAUGAGGAACAAUACACCAACUAUAAGAAGUACGGUGAUGAGCUCGAGGCCAAGUUCGCCAAGGAGAAGGAGCUUCUCUCCAAGACACACUCUAGCGAACUCGAGACAUUGAGGGAGACUAUCAAGGCUGAGGCCAAGUUGGAGCAACAGAGGAUUGUCAAGGAGAAGCUCCUGACCCUGUCCCGCUUCUUGAGAGCUGCUGCCGCACGUCGCCAAUUAGAGGACGACGAUUCGGAUCUCACAAAGGCUUUUGAGGGCGCUCUUCUCCAGGUUUACGGAGGAGAUGCCGCUGCUGUCAUGGCAGCUGAGAAGCUGAUUGACGGUGCGAGCGACGGCGUACCAUCAACUGAGGGCGUUGUGCUGGGCAUCACUUAUUCUCAGGUGAAGCAAGCCGCGCUUGAGGAAGCUCCCUUCGCUGCGGAAGAAGCUUGGGUAGAUGAUGUUGCGCAACACCAAGCUGCCCCUCCUGAGGCCGUGUCCGACCCAACCAUCGCCAACGCCGGACUUACCGAGAUUGAGGCUGGCGCAAAGCCUGUUACUGAAGCUGCGGCAGAGCCUUCAGAGGUACCGGCAGCAGCCAACGUUGGAACAGACUCGGCGAACGCUGCAGCUCAAGCUCAAUGGGACAAGCAGCAGACUGGAAGCGACGACCCUCUGACCGAAUCUUUCGAGAUAGUCCCGCGAGACCCUGCCGAAACCGAGACACCACACGCUGCUGCUGCCCCCAACAGCACCCAGAGCUGGGCUGACGACACUCCUGAGCAAGGCUCGGCGCCCACGGGUCCUGCGGCUGCUAACGACGGCUUUUCUGAAGUCCAUCACAGCCGUGGCGGCCGGGGACGAGGAGGUCACGGUGGCGGUGAUCGCGGCGGAUACAGGGGUAGGGGCCGAGGCGGACCCCGCGGUGAAUUCCGUGGUGGGCGUGGCCGUGGCCGUGGAGAGUUCAGAGGAGGACGUGGCGGUUUCCGUGGCGGUCCCCGAGGUGAAUCAUCGUAAAGCAGGAGUAUAGCAUUCCUGUGAAAAGGCUCGUACACGCAGAAGAAAAAAGUUGCUUGCACGAAGGGUUUGGAUGCUCUUGCAUGGAGUGUCUAGGCAGAAUGAGUUAUGAAGAGCUGAUAGGCGUAAUGUACGACCUAGUGGAUUUGGUAGCAUAGCAUCGGUGCAUAGGAUCUCUAUUUCUUCGGGUAUGGGACACUGUACUAUAUUCUGGGGAUGAUCUGGCGCUCAAAAAAUAUGACUUGUACGAUUG